AUGGCCGACGAGACGGCUACCGCAGAGCAGGCUCCCAUUACUUUCACCGUCAAGUCAUCCACCGAUGCCAAAUAUACCUUGACUCUUCCCCUCACCACUCUUGUGUCAGAUCUCAAGCAGAAGCUCUCAAGUCCCGAAAAUGCCGAUACCCCCGCAGAGCGCCAGCGAUUGAUCUAUUCAGGUAGGGUUUUGAAGGACACCGAGACACUGGAGACCUACAAGAUCAAGGAUGGCCAUACUAUUCAUCUGGUAAAAAGUGCUGCGAGUAACCAGCAGCGUCAGAACAUUGCUGCUCAGCCUAGCUCGGCCACUGCGGCCGCUGGGGCAACCCCAAGCCCGGCAGCAGCCGGUGUCCCAAUCAAUCUUGCCACAGGAACUGGCAACAACCCACUUGCUGGUCUGACUGGUGCACGAUAUGCCGGAUUCGCACAACUUCCUGGGGCGGGCCUUUUCGGCCCUGAUGGCGGGAUGGGACCUCCGCCAGAUACUGAGUCGAUGCUUAACAUGCUCGAGAAUCCUCAAUUCCAAUCAAGCAUCAACGAAGCCCUACAGAACCCCGCCAUGAUCGACAUGAUGAUCCAGCAGAACCCCAUGCUUCGCGACAUGGGACCCGGAGUUCGGCAAAUGAUGGAAAGCCCAGAGUUUCGCCGCAUGUUGACAGAUCCAAGCUCAAUUCGGCAGAUGAUGCAAAUGCAACGGGCUAUGGGAAUGGGUGGUGGCGGACUUGGUGGCGGUGAUAAUGCAUUCCCCGCCCCGGGGGUGACCAACACGACGGCUGAGGGAACCCAAGGUCCCGAGCAACAGAAUGCGCAAACAAAUCCGUUUGGGCAGAUGCCUCAGAAUUCGCUUGGAAACGCAAACCCUUUCGGGGCCCUCUUUGGAGCUAACCCGUUCGGUACUCCAGCCCAGCCUUCUACCGCACCGGCCUCCACUCAGCCCGGCGGUACACAGGGUGCCGACUCCACUGAUCGAUCAACAUCUGCUGAGGGACAAAUCCCUCAAGCUGCUCAAACCCCCUUCGCAUCUCUCCUGAACCCCGCUAUCUUCGGAAACGCUGGCCAAGCUGGUCAGGGCAUGAACCCGUUCAAUCCUCAGCAGAAUCCGUUCCUGCGUGACCCGGCGCUGCUUUCCCAGAUGAUGCAAGGAAUGGGUGGACAGGGCACAGGAGGUGGAGCCGCUGGUGCAAACCCUCUGGCUGCUCUACUCGGCGGUGGUCUUGGUGGUUUCGGAGGUGGUUUUGGCACCCCUCAGCCUGCAGACACGCGCCCUCCGGAGGACAGAUACGCCGAUCAGUUGCGGCAGUUGAAUGAUAUGGGUUUCUUUGAGUUCGAGCGGAACAUUGAAGCCCUGCGUCGCGCAGGUGGCAGUGUUCAAGGAGCGGUGGAGUACCUCCUUAGCCACCCAUAA